AUGAGGACGCUCAUCUGGGCCGUGCUGGGCCUGGGUGUUGUGCCCCAGGCCUUGGCUGCCGAUACAUUGAGCACCAAAGGAUUCAACUUGUGCAUGACGGACUCUGACAUCAAAGUCCAAAAUCUCGAUGUCUCCUACACUCGCUCGACCAAUGAGGUUGUCUUCGACGUGGCUGGUACCAACGCGAAGAAACAAAAAGUGAUCGCAACCCUCACGGUCACUGCCUAUGGCAACGAACUUUACUCGAAAACCUUUGACCCUUGUGGAUCGGAGAUCCAUGUGGACCAGCUGUGUCCUGUUCCCGCAGGAACCUUCUCGGCCUCCGGCAGCUAUAAUAUUCCCGACAACUACGCUAGUCAAAUCCCUGCGAUCGCUUUCAACAUCCCGGAUUUGGAUGGCCAGGCGAAGAUGACCCUGAAGGGUGAGGAUGGCAACAAUGUCGCCUGUGUGGAGUCUGAACUGUCCAAUGGGAAGUCCACCAGCGUUAAGGGUGUUGCGUGGGCAUCGGCCGGUAUUGCGGCCGGUGCUUUGGCCCUCAGCGGGCUUUCUGCUGUUGGUGCUGCAGGUCACCCGGGUGCAUCUUCCUCCAGUCCUGGUUUUGGUGAUGUGAUGGGCUGGUUCCAUUCCAUGGCCACUAAUGGCAUGCUGAGUGUUAGUUACCCGACCGUCUACAGCAGUUUUACGAAGAACUUUGCCUGGAGUACCGGUCUGAUCUCAUGGGAUAAUAUGCAACAUUCGAUCGAUGAUUUCCGCAAAGCCACCGGAGGAAACUUAACUCAGAACAGCUACACCUACCUAUACGACGUUUCUUCCUCCACGACUUCAUCGUCGAACUCCACAACGACAAAGCGUGGCUUGGAUAUGGUGCUUCGCGUGGGUGGUGACCUGCUGGUUCGAUCGGUCGAGACCUCUCAGUCCGACUCGACCAACAGCUCAAGCAGCAGCAGCAGCAACAGUGGAGACAUUAGCUGGGAUGACUUGACGUCCGUCAAGGGCUUGGAGAAGGUUGGCAACGAACUCAUGAUUCCGUCCGCCAAUAUCUUCAUGACCGUUCUUUUGAUAUUCGCCAUCGUCGUUGCCGUCGUCGUUGUCGGCAUCCUUCUUGUGAAGGUGAUUUUGGAAAUUUGGGCGCUCUAUGGCAAUUUCCCCGCGAAGCUGGCCACUUUCCGCAAAGACUACUGGGGUCUGAUGGCCCGCACCAUCACCAACAUGAUUCUUGUCCUGUACAGCAUUUGGGUCCUGUACUGUGUUUACCAGCUGAAAAACGGUGACUCUUGGGCGGCCAAACUUUUGGCUGCUGUUACCUUGGCAGUCUUCACAGCAGUCCUUGCUUUUUUCGCAUGGCGAAUUAUCCAUAUGGCCCGCAAGUAUAAGAAGGCCGAGGGUGACACUGCUGCCCUGUACGAUAACAAGGAGACCUGGCGCAAGUACAGUCUCUUCUACGAUAACUAUAAGAAGGAUUUCUGGUGGUUGUUUGUGCCAAUUAUCGUGUACUCGCUGGCCAAGGGCUGUAUCAUCGCUGGAGCCCAGGGUCAUGGUCUGGCACAAAGCGCUGGUCAACUCGUCGUUGAAGCUCUUCUGUUGAUCCUUCUGCUGUGGAACCGUCCCUACGUCACCAAGUCGUCCAUGGGAAUCAACAUGACCAUUCAAAUCGUGCGCGUGCUGUCCGUUGCCUGUGUGCUGGUGUUUGUCGAAGAGUUGGGUCUCUCCCAGACUACCAAGACUGUCACCGGUAUCGUGCUGAUUGUGAUCCAGUCCACUCUGACUGGUGUCCUCGCAAUUCUCAUUGCAGUCAACGCUAUCAUCAUGUGCAUCCGCGAGAACCCCCAUGCUAAGAGGAGGAAGGAAGCUGAGAAGGCUGACCGUGAUCUCGACGACCUCACUCCUUUGGAUGCACGAGAAUCUCUCCUCAUCGACCACCCGCCGAAGAGGGACUACAACGAGGUCAACAAGUUCAACUUUACCGGUCCCUAUGAGCCAUACCGCGAUCAACCUUACAACCGGCCUGGUUCAAACGGCAGCAGGGAAAACCUGGUUUACGCCGACUACGGCGUGGCUCAUGACCGAAGCUCCAGCCAACAAUCCCGACACAGUGGUCGACGUAGCCCUUCACUUGAAGGACGCCACCCCACUACCGCCGGCUAUGGCAUGGCGUACUGA